CUCUCCAAGCUCUCUAUUUAUAGCACCAAAACUAGGUACUAUGAAGGUGGAAGGAAGCUUCAAUGGUGGUUGGAAGGAAGGUCACUCCUAGGUGUAUGGAAGAUCCCUUUGUCAUUCUUGCACAUGGAGGAAACUUCAGGGACAUUAGGAAUUGAAUUCUUCACCUCAUCCCUGAAACCCUCUGCUCUCUCCCCAUUUCAGGGUGAUGAGGAGUUUGAAAUUUCCAAAGUGGAGGAACAAGCUGCCCAGUUGGAAAGGGAUCUUAUUGAGAAAGAAACAGAAACUUUGAAUGUCCUAAAAGAAUUAGAAAGCACCAAGGCUGUUGUGGAAGAGCUUAAACUGAAGUUGCAGGAGGCAUCUAAGCAGGAAAGCAAUGAAAAUGAUGGUGUUGCAGUCUUAAAGGACUUGGAACAAGCCAAACGCAACUUAAGCAAGACGGUGGAUGACCUUGCUGUUACUCGGGCCAUGAUCGAAUCGUACAAAAAGAAAAUCGAGAAAGAGAGAGCCUUUCUCGAAAAGACCGGCCAAAGGCUAUCCUCUAACUCAUCAAAAGUUUGGUCUCUGAAGGAAGAGCUAAACCAAACAAAGCAGAAACUGAAUGAUUGGUGCCAAGAAAAUGCAAAUGAAUCUGACCUGGAGAGAGCUAUUCUAGAGACCGAAGAAACGAAGGGAAAGAUAAAGACUGCCAAGUUGAAGUUGGUUGCUGCCGAAAAGAUGAAAGCUUUGGCUCUAGCUGAAAUCAAAGCUCUAUCGUCGAAAAGAGAGAUCUUAAAGAAAAUGGAAGAAGCCAUUGAAGAAUUGAGAGUCAGCAAGAAGGGACUAGAGGAAGCAUUGAGUAAAGUGGAGGCAGCACAUAGGAGUAAGCUUGAGGCAGAAGAAGCCUUACGCAUGUGGAGGUACGAGCAAUCCCAAGGAAGACAUUGCACUACUACUCUACAUAAGAAGAACUCUUCAGCACCGCCACUUCAGCAUCUCAAAGAAUUGGACAAGUCGUCAACGACACUUUCUAUAGGGAAAAUACUGAAGAUGAAGCUGCAAGUGACAGAAGAAGUGGAGAAGGAGAAAGUGUCAUUUGGGCAAAUGCUGCACUGUAGUGCUACUUUGAAAGACACCAAUAAGGAGAACAGUGCUCCUUUUAGUAAUAAGCAAUCCCAAGCUAAGAGAAAGAUUGGUGGCCUUGGCCUGUCACGGAUCUCUCUUCUUGUGACAAAACAAAGUAAGGAGAAGAUGAAGAAAAAGAAGAGGAUGAACAAGAAGAGGAUGAAGCAGACUGUAGCGGUUUUCAGGUGCCGCAAUGUGUAAAACAGGAACACCUCUGAUUACUAAUUCUAUCAAUUAAUUAUUUAAUUUAAUUUAAUGUGUGUUUGAUUAAGUUCUAAGUCGGCAGGUAUGAUCAUGAUCAUGAUGCCUUCUUGAACUUUAUGUACCAGUGUAGCUAAUGAGUCUCUGAACUUUUGUUGUGUGGCUAAUAGAUUCCACCAGUUAUCUUGUGUACUCUUUUGUUGUAUGACU